AUGAUUCAACUAAAGACAUUACUCAACUGCAUCGACAACUCCGGCGCCUCAGUCGUCGAGUGCGUGAACGUCCUGAAAAAGAAGCGGGCCGCGACAAUCGGUGACCGCAUAGUCGUCGUCGUCCAGAAACAAAGGGCCGCCGGCUCCGAGGGCUCCGGCACCGCCCUAGCCAACAAGGUCCGUCGCGGAGAUAUUCGACACGCCGUCAUCGUGCGCGUCAAGAAAGAGCUGCAGCGCGUUGAUGGAACCGUCGUUCGAUUCGGUGAUAAUGCCUGUGUGUUGGUGAACAAGUCUGGUGAUCCCAUCGGGACAAGAAUGACCGGAGUCGUUGGUCAGGAAUUGCGCGAUAAGCAGUGGUCUAAGAUCUUGUCGCUUGCACCUGUGAACGUGUAA